CUUCUACUCUUCAAUAUCUCUGGAUCCAGAGAAAACAACUGAACCAGGAACCAAUCAUGUCUGGAAUCAAAGGAGGACCAUGUGGCCAUAAGAUCCAGUGCCAGAAUCCAUGCAAAGACCCCUGCCAAAAAGUCCCCAUUUGUGUAAAUCCAUGCCAAGACCCAUGUACAUUUGGAAUUCAGAAUCAUGGCUCUCACCAUAAUCAUCAUGGUCAUCACCAUUCCCACAAGCAAGAUCCCUGCAAUCCCUGCUGUCCAGACCCUUGUCAGGAUCAAGGAAGCUACUGCUGUAAUAAAUGAAAACCUCACAGUGCAAUAUAGCAUGUCCUUCUCCUUGCCCUCAUGUUCUUCUAUAAUAGUCUUCUAUGAUUUACCAUCCUUAAAUCCAGUCUCUGUCUGCUCUCUGUAAUACAGUCUGCUACUGAAUAAAACAUUUAUUUUCAGCUGA